AUGCACACUGUCAUCAUCGCACAGAACCGCGAUUGUAUCUACACUCCCUCAGUCAGUUCGGACGAGGAAGCGACACCACUCUUGGAGCAGCCACCUCACAACAAGAUGGGUGACCAGGCUAACGAAGAGUUCGAAAUCGGCGCCUAUCUUACGAUGUUCAGUCUGGGGAUAGGUAUUCCACUCGCCUUCGUCUCGCACCCUGUAGCCACUACAUACUCCGACCUCUGUAUAUGUUUCACAUUCGCCGCCAUCUUCAGUCGAUACAUCGAGUUAGUACAACCUGGUCAAUAUCGGAUCGCCUAUAUCGCAUAUCAAUUCUUCUCGAUGGUCCUCUUCCAGACCGUGAUGGUCGCUGCUAGAGCCAACACUCGGUAG